GCUGCGUUACUGAAGUUCAGCUGUUGUGGAACGCUUCGUGCGGUAAAAGAAAGAGAAGUAGUUGUGCGCUGCCCCAACACGGUAACGCGCAGACACCCACACCCACACACGACCUGGUUUUCGUACCCCGUUGCAGAUAUAGUAAAACAAUCACAACAGAGAAGGCGUGACCCCAACAUGUCGAGCACAGCGGAAUCUGCCGCGGCUCGGCCUCUCUCCGCUACGCUGGGCAACUCAGACUCCAUGGACGCAGCUGGAACAACCAGCAUCGCCGCCGCCCCUCCUGCCACGCCCCCCGCCGAUUAUGUAAACUACAUGGACAUUAAACUGGAGGGUGUCCAUCACCUGCCAGCGGACUGGCUCAGCGCGGGUCUCUCCUCGUGCAGCAUCGCCGGCGGCAGCGUGCAAGCAAAUGUGCCAGCCAGCGCCGCCCACCUCCCCGGCAAGGAGGAGGACGAGGCAGAGGUGGCCUACGCCUACCACCCGUUUCGCUACGAGGUGACGUUGUCUCUCCCGGCCGAUGCCACGAACUCCGAAACCGCCGCGGCGGUGACCAACGCGGCCGGUGCGCCUCACACGCAGGACGGCGCUGCGGCGGGGACGGCGGAGGGAGACAGCGGAGUCCCCGCCGCAGCCGUCUUCACACGUGGCCGCGUGCUGCAGCCGCUGCCGGCGUACGCCGCGUACAUUGCCAACGCCGAGGCACCGCCCGUGAGCGGCCAGGAUGACGCUGCGCCGCUGCGAGACGUGCCGGCGGCUAUCGACGCGGAAGCCGUUCGCCACUCGGCGGAUUCAGCGAAGGAAGGCGCAGAGGAGAAGGUGAACGAAGACGCCGCCCCCGCCUCAGCACCUGAGGAUGCUGCGCCGCCGCCGCCGCCGCAACAACCCGCUAUUCUGUGGGUCGUGACGGACCGCACGGACGGCGCUGAGGCAAACACCAAUAGCAGCUCCUUCACCGGCGGCAGCGGCAGCUCGGGACUCCUCGCGGCGAAGCGCCGGAUGAAGCUGUCCGGCGGUGCCGGGGCUGGUGCGUCGGCGGGGUCAGGGAGGAGCGGUACCGCCUCCGCCCUCGCCGCCGCCGCCGCCGCGAACACCGCCGCUGCCCAGGCUGCUGCUGCUGCCGUGCCCGGUGCGCCACCGCCGCCGCUGCCGGAUGUCAGCGAGCCGCCGCCGUGCGUCGUGCGGGUGCCGCUGACGGCUGCGCAGGAGGCGCACCUUGACACCUUGCUGAACGCCGGGAAGCCGCUGGAGCUGCGCUUCCGUCGCACCCUGCGUGCUGGCUGUCCGGUUGAGUGGGAGGACUUGAACGCCGCGUACUACGAAGCGGUCAUUCCCGUUUCACUGCAGAGUCUGUCGAUGCCAGGUUCGACGCACCUGUCCGCGGAGGUGCCUCUGCAACCCGCUCACCUCUAUUGCAUGGGAGGCGCCGAAUCCAUUGUAAGUGGGAUGACGGGAGGCGCGGCGGUGCUCUCGGACAGCGGGGCCGCAGCGGCGUCAGCUGCUGAGCAAGACAAGGGUAGCAAAAAGCGGACGGUCCCCCGCAAGGUACGUCAGACGGUGCCGGGCCUCCUCGUCGACGAGCCAGACCGCAGCGCGCCGCACCCGUACACCCUCGCCGGCACGAGCGCCUCCUUGAAACUCACCUUUCAGCGCACGCUAACCCCGCUUGUCAGCGACCGCAUUCGGCCAGCCGCGACACCCGCCCAGCUCAUCCCUUCGCGACCGACACCAACGCUGGCGGCCGCCACCGCCGCGGACGUGCGGACGCGGCUACAAUGCACGUUGAGAGACAUCGCACAGCAACUCCUGCGCGACGUGCGCGAGGUCGCUCACGAGACGGCGCUGUCAAAUGCGAGUAAGAGUGCGAAGGGCAGCGUGGACAGCGCGGCGUGGCGGGCGCAGUUUGUCGCCGCGCUGCAGAGCACCGGCCAACUCGCCGCCUUCAAGAGCCACCUCACGCCCCUCGUGACGGAGCUGGUGCAGGAGCGCCUGCGUGUGCACCCGACCGCGUGCCCGGAGGAGGUUGCACGAGCAAGCAACGAGCUCUAUGUGCAACUGAUGGACAUGCUACAUGCCACCCUGUGCGAGGCCGUGGAGGGCGGAGACGCAAGCAGCAACGGAGAGAGCAGCCACCGCGACGCCGUCAAGGCCACGACGGCGGAAGAAGAGACGAGGGAUGCGGAGCUGCGCUGGCGUGCGCUGGAGGCCGAAGUCAGCGGGGAAGUCGGUCUCGCAGGGACGCUCUACCACAGCCGGCUCGCCACCCACAGUGGGGACGCCGCGAGCUGGGCCGCGCUGUGGAUCGACUGCGGUUUGCACUACCAACGCGUGGAGGAGCUGGCCAAGGCGGAGCAGUGCUACCGCGAAGCCAUCGCCUGCGAUGUGGCGUGCGUCCCGGCGUUGCUGGACUACGGCGCGUGGCUGCUCGCGAACGACCGGUUGGAUGAGGCGAGUGUGUUUCUGCACGGCCUGGUGGAUGUCGCCCCGCAGCACGCGCUCGGCUGGGGCUGCGUCGCCCUCUUGGCGGACCUGCGUGAGCUGGCGGUGCGCGUCGGCAGCGCGGACGCGGCGGCGGAGCAGGCAAAGUGGCGUCGCGAGCACAAUCUUGCGGUGCGCCGCGCGGUGGAGUGCAUGGAGCAGGAGCUGAAAGAAAACGGAUCUGCGGCUUCCACGAGCACGUUCUCCGAGGAGCAGGUGUACCUCAACGUGGCGGCCUAUCUCGUGCAGCUGCACCACCGGGACCUGGCGAACGUGUGCCUCGCCCGCUGCCGCCCUGGUGAGCCACGCGUGGAGCUGUUGUACGCUGAACUCUUUACUCAGGGCGGGCAGUGCGACGAGGCGCUAAAGGCGCUGGACGAGGUCGAAAAGAGCACGAGCACAACCGAUGUACGAGAAGCGGCGGACACGUGCGUGCUGCUGCGUGCGGAGUGCGUCUUCGCGCUCGGGCAAACCGCGGAGGCCGUCGCGCUGUACAAGCAGGCCCUCGCCCACGGAAACCCGGCGACGGCGCCUGGAUACCUGCCACAGGUGGCCGCCCGCUGGCGCGACGAUGCAGCGGCGCGGCGCACCACCAGCGCCACUAGCGCCACGGAGCUUGCGGAGGCGCGCCGAGUUGAGGCGACAUGUGUGCAGCGCCUGCGCGCGUACUUGUGCCUGUGCAACGCGCUGCUUGCAGAGGGCCGGUAUAAGGACGCACUGGGCGCCACGACGCUUGCUCUCCAGGUGUGGCCGUGCUGCUCGCUGCUGUGGCUUGGCGCGGGCAUCGCGUAUUACCGCACAGGGGACCUGACCGCCGCCGAAGAGUGCCUGCAGGAGAGCAACACGCUAAACCCGAUGAACGCGCGGACGUGGGUGUACCUCACGCUGCUCUCGGUGCGGCUGCAGCACGUGGGUGUAGAGGAAAUGGUGGAGCAGGUGAUGGGUCUGAGCCUGGACGACGCUGCGCUGUGGGCCGAGCUGGGCCGCACCUUGUUAAACACCGCGUCGUAUCCGAAGCUGAGCAUCGUGUGCUUGCGCCGCGCCGCAGCACUAGCCCGUGCGCAGCUGAGGAAGGAGAAGGAAAAUUCGACACCUGCUGCUGCGGCCGCUGCGUCCCUCCUGCCGUCCACGCAGUACCACUUGGCCCACGCGCUGAUGGACACGCAGCAGUGGGAGGAGGCGGAGCAGCUGCUGACUGUGGUAGCCGCGGAGGGCGGUGGUAACGAAGUGCUCCGUGGCAAGGCGGAGGAGGAGCUGUCCAUGCUGCGUGCUGCGUAG